AUCGACCGUAUCUACUGUUUCCGGCUGUGAUUCUGCUGUGUUUGGGUGGAGUACCGCUUCGUAUAGCAAACAUGCAGUUCGCGAAUCUCUACCCCCGGAAACGGUCGACAAUCAUAAGCCUGUAUUCGGGCGCGUUUUGCGCCUCAGCCGUCGUGUUUGUGGCCCUCAAAUACCUGUACGACUGCGGACUCGCCUACCUUUCGGUCACACUUUUGCUGGUCAUCGCGAGUCUAUCGAUGUUUCCCUUCACUCUCAUUACACUUCCCGCUGAUUGCGUGCGCGAAGAGUCCGACGAUUCCAUCGACAAAACAAAGUCCAUGUUUUUAAGAAAUACCUGUCGAUCGAGUCUAUCGUUCAUAACUCCUGUCACUCUCGAAAAGUUUACGCUAAUCUCUUCGCCUAAUUUUCGCCGCAAAAUGCAGUCAUUGGCCGAAAACAAUCAAAACGAUAUAAUUAGUGAUCGAAAUAAUUAUAGCAAUAAUAUUACAUCUGUUAAUAAGACAAUGCUUUGGAUGGGCGACCAGAUUAAGCCAACAGUUGGCGUCACUCAAGUCGUGUCCGCCGUUCCUGCGGUCAAACAAAACAGUCCUCCGCUGAGCAUAUCGUUGUGGUCGUGGGCUUUCAAUCUGCAUCAGUGGUGGUUCUCAUGGCUUAUCACUUAUAUGGUCCUCUAUAUCGGUUCCCUAAACCUAUGGCUAGAGAGAGUGACCACUGAUAUUCGUAUUGCCGGUAAUUUUGCCAAAAUCUAUGGCAUCGCACAAAUCGCGGCACUAGUGUUGGCACCGAUGGCCGGCUUUUUCAUGGAUUGGAGCGUUGAGAGGGCCGACAGAGAGACGGAUCCGUUUCUUAGGAAACUGAAUCGAGUCAGAGCCGGCUUUUGGCCACUCUUUACGACAUCGUUAUUCUUAAGCUUUUGUCUCUUCUGUCGAUUCUUCGAUUCCGAGACAGCGAUCUAUACCUCAAUUGUAUUUAUGACUAUUUUCCGGGCCUUUCUGGUGGCCGUUGGGACCGCUUAUCUCCGCAUUCGUUUCAAUGGCGAGCAUUUCAAUCGUUUAUUGGGUAUAAUGAGUACAAGUGCUUCUGUGGUCUCAUUAGUCCAGUUCCCACUAUUUGUAUGGGAGUCUCAAUACCCUGAAAGUGCAUUCUGGAAA